CUUUGAAGGACGACCUUUUGUUCUUUCAAUUCAAUCUUCGCUUCACUACAAAUCACUAUUCUCACUCCUUUUUUUCUCACGCAUACGUUAAUUAUAGCCGUUGGAGGCUUUCUCUCUCUCAGCUCAGAGGAUAGUUCAUACCAUGGCCACGGAUGCUGAAACUGCCAAUGUUAAUGGUUCCCUCUGUUUGAAGCGGAAAAGACCCCCCAGUAUUGAGAUACCAAACGCCUUGGGAGAGAUUCGAAUCGAGAAUUCUACUCCCCGGAACGAUGGAGUCUCUUUUGGGGAUAUUGGAGUUGGGGUUUUCUCCCGUAAAGGCAAGAAAAAGUUCAUGGAAGACACUCACAAGAUAGCUUCUUUCUUACAAGAAAAUGCCAGCAAAAGAUUCUUUGGGGUGUAUGAUGGACAUGGUGGUAAGAAGGCUGCGGAGUUUGUAGCAGAGCAUUUGCACAACAAUGUUCUUGAAAUGAUGAAGAAUUGUGCUGAGAAAGAGGAAGGCGUUAAAGCUGGGUAUCUCAAAACAGACCAAGACUUCUUGAAGCAGGAUAUGUGCAGUGGUGCCUGCUGCGUCACAGCUGUAAUUGAAGAAGGGAAUGAGGUUAUAGUUUCAAACGUGGGAGAUUGCAGGGCUGUUCUUUGUAGAGGUGGAGCAGCUGAAGCUCUUACAAAAGAUCACAGAGCGGAACUAGAAGAAGAACGAAAUAGAAUAGAAGCCAAGGGAGGAUAUGUGGAGAUUCAUAGAGGAGCAUGGAGAGUUCAUGGGAUACUUACUGUUUCUAGAAGUAUUGGAGACGCUCAUUUAAAGGAGUGGGUGCUAGCUGAGCCUGAAACCAAGAUUCUGCAGCUCACACCAGACAUGGAGUUUCUUGUUUUGGCCUCGGAUGGACUGUGGGAACAGGUUCGCAACCAAGAAGCCGUAGAUACAGUUAAACGAAUGUUAUGUUCAGUUGAGAAAAAAUUGGGACCCUCCGGAGAUUAUAAAGAGAAUGAUUAUUGUGAAUAUGGCCGUGUUAACGUGAGCCCUUCAUCAAAGUUACGUAGGGUUUCUCUUGUUAAGCAAGCGAAAGGGAUAAGCAGCUACAAGAAGACAAGUAAUAAUGGAUUGAAUGAAAGUGAACAUGAUUAUGUCAUUGAAAAUGAAAGCUCUCCAUCAAAAUCACGAAGAAUAUCUCUGGCUAGGCGAGUAAACAUGAAGAUGGAAUCUCCCACAAAGGAGAAUAAUAAUGUGUUUAUUAGUAGUAAGAAGAGAGCUGACUCUAGUGGACUCGUAGCUGCUUGUAAGGAGCUUGUGAAUCUGGCUGUAAGCAGGGGUAGUCUGGAUGAUAUUACUGUGAUGAUAAUUGAUCUAAAUCAGUUCAGACUCAACAACAACCUAAUCCCAGCUUGUUUUUCAUCUGGCGAGAGGCCACAGGCCGAUGAUCCAGCCGCCGUGAUAAGGUCAGGCCAGAGUGUCUUCAUGUCAGUGUAUAGAACAAAGAUAGCUGGUCAGUGUCGUUUGAUCACUAUCACUUGGUGCAAGAAUUUGCUUCUGAGAGGCCUCUCAGUUUCAAUCCAGGGAGUGCAAGAAGAAGACGACGAACAGUACCAGUGCAAGGUUGAGCUGAAGCCAUGGUACUUCUGGAGAAAAAAUGGUGACAAGCAGUUUGUUCUUGAUGGCACGAUUGUUAAUGUCGCUUGGGACCUGAAAGCUGCAAAGUUCAAUGGCGAAACCGAGCCUCAAUCAGAUUACUAUGUCGCCAUUGUUUGUGAAGAAGAAGUGGUUUUACUAGUUGGUGAUAUGAAGAAAGAUGCCUUUAGAAAAACGGGUUGUCGUCCUUCUUUGAUAGACCCCAUCUUGGUCUCUAGAAAAGAGCAUUUGUUCGGGAAAAGGAAGUUUUCAACGAGAGUUAAGUUUCAUGAGAAGGCAAACGCUCAUGAAAUCUUGAUCGAGUGUAACAACAGCAUCAUACCCAGUUAUGAUAACACAACAGGGAUGAUCAGUACCGGGUCGGAUCCUGAGUUGGAAGUCCAGGUAGAUGGGAAGCAAGUUCUUCAUGUCAAACAUCUCCAAUGGAAGUUCAGAGGUAAUGAGUCAGUUUUUGUUAGUAAAACUAAGGUUGAAGUUUAUUGGGAUGUUCAUGAUUGGCUAUUCAGCUCUGGUACUAGACAGGGCAUGUUUAUAUUUAGUCCCAUAUCAUCGUCAGCAUCAUCAUCUUCAUCUUCAUCUUCAUUAAGUUCGAGUAUUGACCAUCAUGAUCAAGUGAUGAGUUCUACUGAGUUAGGAGAGUGUGAUAACAACGUUGAUGGGUCAUCUAGAUUUUCUUUGUUUGUCUAUGCUUGGAAAGUGGAAUAGUGUUGGUUAGUUCAUAUAAGAUCUUUGACCAAAAAUUUCCAACUUCACCAUGGAAAAGAAGAGAGGUAUGUGAAUAUGAUGAUCAUUUCAGGAAAAUUAGAAGAGAGUUAUGGUUGUGGUUGAAAGAGGACCAUGGAAGACAUAUGAUGAGGAAGCACAUGGACCUACUCAGAGGGACAUGGGGGAGUAUUAUAUGCUUUACUAUUAUGUAAUAUGGACAUGAUUGGACUGUAGCCAGAUAGGAUCACACACUACAUAACAAAUGAUCCUUCUGUGCCCAUUACCAUAAUUGCUCUAUCAUGUUUGUGGUUGUGGAUCAUGUUGUUUGACAUUUCUUAUCUACUCUUCUUUCUUUGUGUUAUAACCCUUAGUUUGACUUUGAGUGUUUGUAUUUCAAGUUUGUAUGUGCCAUUUGUGCAUGUAAAGAUGUUUCUUUUUCUAUGAAUUCAUAGCUCAUGAGCUAAUUAAUGAUAAUAAACUCUUUUA